CGUGACAGCAUCACGGUGGCGCAGCAUCCACACACACACGCGCGCGCGCCCACCCACCCAGACAGAAAUGUGAGUUGUUGAGUUGAUGUAGUGAGAUGAUCGUCAUGUUUCCCGGUGUCGUCUAUGCACUGCUGGCCGGGUUCCUCGGUGCCGUGGCGAGCUCGUCCGCCAAACUGUCUCUCGGUACCGAUUAUCUGAAGGGCGUGUGUGAGACGGGUCUGCGGACGUGGGGCGAGCAGAGGAGAUUCACACAAGACAACGAGACCACCGCCUGUGACUGGUUACACAUCCCACUCAGACUGUUGUGUGGAGGUCUGUUGUUCACCUGUAAUGCUGUGAUGUGGACGUUCCUGGCAAAGGCUCUGCGUAGCUCCUGUUCAUCUACCCACACCACUGUGACCACAACGGCAUCCAACUUCAUCUCAUCUGCAUUUCUGGGGCAGCUAAUAUUUGGAGAGACCCACAUUGCUCUGUGGUGGGUGGGCAUUUCACUAACUCUCUCUGGUCUUCUGGUGCUACAUCACAAUUCUCCACAUCUCACUCGAUCGCACGCCAACAAGAGAGACGACUGAUGCAAACAUGUCAACAGAUGACACAAUGCCUGUAGAGGAGCGUUUAUCAGAUUAAUAGUCCGAUGGAUUUUAUAAACAUAUCAGAUAUCACUCCAGGUAAUAGUAGCAUUAACCAUAACAACAUUAUUUAACUUACUGAACUGUUUGAGUCAGAUUCAGGUUUUUAAAGUGUUUUAGUUCAAUGCACCAAAGUUGCUCGAUAUAUUUAAGGUUAAAUUUAAAGAUUGAGAGUUCUGUAUCACACAUGUAAAAAAUCUCAUCUCAUGCCAAAGACAAAUAUAUUGAAUCAACUGGUGCAGUCAAAUAAAUCAGAGGAAUCUCAUAAAGACUUUAUGUCUCAUAUUUCAGCCCAACAUCAAAGAAAUUAUAUUUUGCAUAAAAAUAGUCUAUUUUAGCAUCAUUAAAAUGUACAAUGAAGCACAUUAACAUGCA